UGGUAUUGUGCCUAUUAGCCAAGGCAUCAAUCUUUUAUACUAUUUCUCUCUCUCCAAUUUUUUGGAUUUUCUUAUUAUUUUCGUUACUAAAGAACGAAGCAAACAACCUGGCUGCCUACUGCAAGAAAAAGCUUUCAACUUUCAGAUUAGAAUCCCCAUUUAGAUACUCAACCUCUGCUUUAUCAAAUAUCUCACUUCCCCAAUGCAGAAAAGAACCCGUAAAGAAUACAAUUCAAUGCAUUGCAACCCACCCAGGCCCGGAAAUUUUUGGGUUUCUGCAAAAGGGCUUUUCACAGAUUACCAAAGAAGUUGUUGGAAGAGCACUGCAUGCAGUGUGCGUAAAGCUUGGUACUUAUUUAAGCAUAUUUCACACCAACACGUUGAUAAAUAUGUACUUCAAGUUUGGGGAUAUUGAUGCUGCUAAGAAUGUGUUUGAUGAAAUGCUCGAGAGAAAUGACUCUUCUUGGAAUAACAUGAUUUCUGGGUAUGUCAAUAUGGGGUUGUUUGUAGAUGCUACUCGAUUGUUUAUAUAUAUGUGGGGUCGAGGAAUUGAGUUAAAUGGGUAUGUUACUGCUAGCUUAUUGACUGCAUUUAGUCGGUCAGAAAGCAUGGUUCUUGAAGGACUUCAGAUCCAUGGUUUGCUGUUCAAGAACGGUUUGUUAUAUGAUGUUUUUGUGGGUACUUCUCUUUUGCAUUUUUACGGUAUGUAUGGGCUUAUUUCUAGUGCUAGAACAGUUUUUGAGGAGAUGCCUCAUAGAAACGUGGUUUCUUGGACUUCAUUGAUGGUCGAUUAUUCCGAUGUUGGAGAUUUCAAUGAGGUUGUUAAAUUAUAUCAAAGGAUGAGAUGUGAAGGUAUUAUUUGUAAUCAGAAUACAUUUACUACAGUUAUUAGUUCUUGUGGGGCUCUUGAUGAUGAAUUUUUGGGUCAUCAAUUGCUUGGACAUGUUAUAAAAUCAGGGAUUGAGAGUAAUGUUUCUGUAGGAAAUUCUAUUAUAUCGAUGUUUGGUAAUUUCAGCAGCGUGGAAAAUGCCUGUUAUGUAUUUAAUCACAUGGAUGAACGUGACAUUAUAUCAUGGAACUCUGUGAUUACCGUUUUUGCCGAUAACUGGCUCUGUAAUGAGUCACUUAGAUUCUUUCAUUUGAUGCGUCUUGAUCAUGGAGAGAUUAAUGCAACCACACUUUCAGCAGUGUUGGUAGUCUGUGGUUCUUUGGAUUACUUGAAAUGGGGAAGAGGAAUUCACAGUUUAGUAGUGAAAUUGGGAUUGGAUUCUAAUGUCUGCAUAUCAAACACUCUUCUUACUAUGUAUUUUCAGAGCGGAAGAUGUGAAGAUGCCGAAAAGUUGUUUCACAGAAUGGCAGAGAAGGAUUUGAUCUCAUGGAAUUCGAUGAUUACUGGCUAUGUUUUGGAAGGGAAAUGUAUAGAUGCCUUGAAAGUGUUGAGUGAACUGCGCCACAUGGGGAAAAUAAUGAACUUCGUGACCUUUGCAAGUGUACUGGCUGCUUGCUCUAAUUCUGAAUUUCUUGUUGAAGGCAGGAUUAUACAUUCACUUGUAACCAUAUCUGGGUUUCAUCAGAAUCUGGUAGUUGGAAAUGCCCUAGUUACCAUGUAUGGAAGGUGUGGCAUGAUGCAGGAAGCCAGAAAGGUAUUUCAGAUGAUGCCUGAGAAAGAAUUGGUUACAUGGAAUGCAUUGAUUGGUGGAUAUGCAGAGAACCAGGAAUGUGGCAAGGCAUUGGAAACUUUUAAAUUGUUGCGACAAAAGGGCGAAUCUCCAAAUUACAUUACCCUGAUUAAUGUUCUUGGAUCUUUUUCGGAUCCAGGCAACCUACUGAAGUGUGGAAUGCCCUUGCAUGCUCAUAUCAUACUGACUGGAUUUGAUACAGAUGAAUAUGUGAAGAACUCCCUUAUCACAAUGUAUGCCGAUUGUGGUGAUCUUAAUUCUAGUAACCUUAUGUUUUAUGGAUUACUUAAUAAAACACCUGUAACUUGGAAUGCCAUGGUUGCUGCAAAUGCUCAGCAUGGCCAAUGGGAGGAGGCUUUAAAACUUCUUCUUGAGAUGCAGAGAACUAAGGUGAAUUUCGAUCAAUUCAGUCUUUCCGCAGGCCUUGCUGCUUCAGCAAAUUUGGGUAUCUUGGAGGAUGGCCAACACCUUCAUAGUUUGGCUAUUAAACUUGGAUUUGACGGUUAUCACUAUGUGAAAAAUGCCACGAUGGACAUGUAUGGGAAGUGUGGAGAAAUGAAUGAUCUGCUAAAAAUGCUUCCAGAACCAAAAAGGCGAUCAAGAUUGUCAUGGAACAUAUUACUAUCAUCUUUCUCCAGACAUGGAUACUUUCAGAGGGCAAGGGAAAUUUUUCAUGAAAUGCUAGAGCAGGGGGUGAAACCUGACCGUGUCACUUUCGUCUCACUUCUAUCUGCAUGUAGUCAUGGGGGUUUAGUAGAUGAAGGUCUUGCAUAUUUUGCUUCAAUGACCCCCGAGUUUGGAGUCCCAGCUGCUAUAGAGCACUGUGUCUGCAUAGUUGAUCUUCUUGGACGAUCUGGAAGACUUGCUGAGGCUGGAACAUUUAUCAAAGAAAUGCCUGUUGAACCAAAUGACUUUGUCUGGCGAAGUUUAUUGGCGGCAUGUAAAACCCAUGGUCAUUUGGAACUGGGAAAGAAAGCUGCUGAAAAUAUUCUUAAAACAAACCCAUCAGAUGAGACUGCUUAUGUCCUUUAUUCAAACGUCUGUGCAACAUCCGGAAGAUGGCAAGAUGCACAGAGAAUUAGGGUCAAAAUGGAAUCCGAUAAUGUGAAAAAGAAGCCUGCCUGCAGUUGGCUCAAUGUAAGAAAUAAAUUAAGUACCUUCGGGGUAGGAGAUCAGUCCCACCCAGAAUCCGAGCAGGUACAUAUUAAAUUGAUGGAGCUGAGGAAAAAGAUCAAAGAAGCAGGUUAUGUCCCGGAUACAAGCUAUGCAUUGCAUGACACAGAUGAAGAACAAAGAGAGGAUAACUUGUGGAACCACAGUGAGAGGCUUGCUCUUGCUUAUGGUUUGAUCUCUACACCAGAAGAUUCAACUCUCCGAAUUUUCAAGAAUCUUCGAGUUUGUGGUGAUUGCCAUUCAGUUUACAAGUUCGUAAGCAACAUAGUCCAUAGGGUAAUCAUAUUAAGGGAUCCCUAUCGGUUUCACCAUUUUAGCCAUGGCAAGUGUUCUUGUGGUGACUAUUGGUAGCAUGCUGAGCCCCGUAGGCCAUCAACGAGCUUUGAUGAUAGCUUACAGCUUGAAUGAGGCUCGUUUAGCAGAAUGACUUGCAAUGACAUCGGUGGCUCGUAAAAUUAAAAUCGUUCGUGUGUUGAUAGUGCUCAUUGAUGGCUUUGAUUUAGUUGACAUGUGGUGGAUUUUUCGCACCCAAAUGUACUCCCUUGACAUGAAAUAAAUAAAUAAUUGACUUAAAUUCAUUUA